AUGGAUUCGCAGUGGCAGGCCUAUGGGGGCGACCCUUCGAUGAGUCGUCCGACGAGCCAUCUAGACAACACACCAGGAUCCUAUCCCCCCCGACUGAAUACCAAUACCAAGUAUGGCGGGCAACCACAGGUCCCGCAAGCUCAACCUCCUGCGGGAUACACCUACGAGAGCUACCAAUCGCCCAUAACGGCAGCAAAGGCCACCACCGUAGGCCCCAACUCCAAACCAGACCCAAUGACCUCCUCUCCAGCCGCGACGCCGCACACACACGACUAUAUCCCAGACGCCGAUACUCCCAUGGAGGAUGCCGACCCUUUUAACCGUUCAAAAUACCCAACAAGGCUGACUCACAACCCUCGCCCAUCGUCGCAAUACAUGCCGACCGAAGAAUCGACUGCCGCACGCCGAUAUUCGCCUAUGAACAUACUAUCACCUACUCUGCCUUUUACCUCUAGUCCAACAAAGGGACAGAACCCUUUUGUCGGUUCGCCUUCUGGGCCCAGCAGCUCUCGACAAUCCCCUACAAGAGCAGGUUAUGCGUCACCUCCACAGACUUAUCAGUCACCACCAGGCUCGCGUAUGUCCCGACUUCCCCCCUUGCAGUCCUCAGACGCGAGUUCCGAGCAGUAUUUCCCUUCCUCUGCUUCAUCUCUGUUGAGCGCUCCUUUCGGGUCUGAGUCCAAAUCGCCGCGUCCCGCGCCGCAGAUCAACCACAACCAACUGCCCGAACGUGGGCCGAUACCAAAGUUUGCGAACAUUAAAUCGACACAAGAACUCCGGCCUAAAACACACGGCCAACCCCCUUUUCGUCGUGCGAACCCCGAGGGAGGCUUCAUUAGUCCAUUACAAGCGCUCACAACUCACCUACCGGCUACAUACCGAAUCUGCAAUCCGGGUUUUAAAUACGAGACAUCACGCAACCCACGUCGUGUACUCACUAAACCCAGCAAAGGCGUUAAGAAUGAUGGCUACGAUAAUGAAGACAGUGAUUACAUUCUUUACGUAAAUGAUAUCCUCGGCAGUGAGGACGGAAGUCACAAGAAUCGAUAUCUUAUUCUGGAUGUUCUGGGUCAGGGAACUUUUGGACAAGUCGUCAAAUGUCAGAAUCUCAAGACCCAGGAGGUUGUUGCUGUCAAGGUGGUGAAAAACAAAACCGCUUAUUUCAACCAAAGCAUGAUGGAAGUCUCCGUUCUCGACUUGCUUAAUACCAAGUAUGAUAAGAACGAUGACCACCAUCUUCUCCGACUUAAAGAUACAUUUCUACAUCGACAACACCUUUGUUUGGUGUUCGAGUUACUGAGCGUGAAUUUGUAUGAGCUAAUCAAACAAAACCAAUUCCGUGGAUUGAGCACGACACUAGUCCGCGUGUUUGCACAGCAACUGCUUAAUGGGCUCAGUCUGUUAAACAAAGCACGACUGAUACAUUGUGAUCUCAAGCCUGAAAACAUCUUACUAAAAAAUUUAGAAAGCCCUAUCAUCAAGAUAAUUGAUUUCGGCUCUGCUUGUGAUGAACGUCAGACUGUGUACACUUACAUUCAAUCUCGGUUUUACCGUUCGCCUGAAGUUUUGCUAGGACUUCCAUACUCUUCAGCAAUCGACAUGUGGUCACUAGGGUGUAUUGUCGUCGAACUAUUCCUUGGUCUACCUUUAUUCCCAGGAUCUUCGGAGUACAAUCAAGUAGCUCGGAUCACAGAGAUGCUUGGAAUGCCUCCUACAUGGAUGCUUGACAUGGGAAAACAAUCCGGCGAGUUCUUUGAAAAGACCCAAGAUGAGUUCGGCAGAAAGUCGUGGCGCUUGAAAAGCAUGGAGCAAUAUUCCCGGGAACACAACACCAAGGAACAACCCAGCAAAAAAUAUUUCCAGGCCAACACUUUGGAAGAAAUUAUCCGAAGUUACGCGAUGCCAAGAAAGAAUAUGAAACAGUCGGAGAUAGAAAGAGAGGUAAAUAACCGUGUCGCAUUCAUCGACUUCGUGCGUGGUCUGUUGCAAAUUAAUCCUCUAGAGAGAUGGUCUCCACAGCAGGCAAAAUUGCAUCCUUUUAUCACCCAGCAAAAGUUUACUGGUCCAUUUUUACCUCCUAUGAACUUGAAAUACUCCGCGCUUAACAAGAGCAUUGCUCCUGGAAUACAACAGCAGCAACAGGCAGAAGCUGCUAGCAAGCAGAGGGCAGCCCAAGCGGCUCAAGCAGCCCAGGCUCAAGCCCAGUCAGCCGCUCAGUCUGCAUAUGCAUUACAAAUGGGUCAAUAUCACACCCCACCACAUAAUCAACCCCCACCAGUUUAUAAUGGCAUCUAUCCUAAUCAUCAACAAGGCGCCCCGCCUCCUUACCCGGCCCAGCCACCAGGGUAUGGGCACCAAAUGAACAUGAUGCAGGGGCAGCUUCAUCAACCCCAGUAUGCGCCUUCUCAAAGUCUCUUUGCUCAGGCAACUACAAGAGCCGGUCGACAGCGGGCGACUACUCUAGACCAGCAACAGGGAGGCAUACCGCAGAGUAUCCAGCGCGUUGCUAGCCAUCUUGAUCCGAAUGCUCCAAUUAGAUUACAACCGAGCCCUGCCUAUUACCCUCCGCCCCCAGAUGGCUACAGUGAAUCUGCUGCAAGCGCCAGACGUCGUGGAAGUCGAGCUGGGGCCAGUAACCGCAAUCGGGAUUUCAUUCGGACGCUGGAGGACGGUGCUCUUGGCGAUGGUUUCAUGGGACAGUCACAGUCACAGUGGCAUUAG